AUCAUAGUAGUGAUUUUCUAAUUUUUGCCCUGAGCAAGUAAACAGAACAGAGCGAAUCUCCCGAGGCGCGAUUUAUUAUGCAAACGGCGACUCACGGAAUUCAAAAUAUCAACGAAGGAAUGAAAACACUUUUACUGUUUUUGUUUUUCGUUUUUCUGUUUUUCGUGUUUUCAAUCCAUUUUGAGUAGGUGGAAGAUUAAGCAGAUCGUGUUCUUGCCUUCCAUCACUGCGGAUUCCUUCCUCUUACCCUCAUCCUUCGAAUCUGUCUCAUUCUUCGACAAUUAGAUCUCCUUCUCUCCACCUCACUCUCUCUGCAUUCUCAGUUUCUAUUAUUUUAUUUGCUUUCAGAAAACAUGUAACUGUUGCGAGCAGUAUCUCCCUGCGUUUCCCGGUAACGCUCGAGCACUUGCCACUUAUUUCAAUGCAUCUCAGUGCUGUCUGUGCUUUUCAUAACAUGUUUCUGGUCUGUCAAUGGCCGAGACGCUUGCAUGGUGAUUAGAAAACCAUAAACAAGGAGAUGAAAGGGGAGUCAUCUGGACUGAUAAUUGGGAUUUCCAUAGGAGUAGUAAUUGGAGUGCUUUUGGCUAUUUUAACUCUCUUCUGCGUUAGGUAUCAAAGGAAACGCACACAGAUAGGGAGUAGCAGUUCCCGACGGGCAGCAACAAUACCUAUCCGCGAGAAUGGUGCUGAUUCUUGUACCGUAUUAUCAGAUUCGACUGCUGGUCCAGAGUCACCCAAAACAUCUGCAGUAAGGAAUAGCAUCUCCUUGUGGCUAGAAGGAUUCAGAAGAAGUAAUGUGGUUUCCAUGUCCGGUAUACCUGAGUACUCCUACAGGGAUCUGCAAAAAGCAACUUGUAAUUUUACGACAUUGAUAGGACAAGGGGCGUUUGGUUCUGUUUACAAAGCUCAGAUGUCAUCUGAUGAGACUGUUGCUGUGAAAGUGCUGGCAACUAACUCUAGGCAGGGAGAGAAAGAAUUCCAAACAGAGGUUAAGUUACUGGGAAGGUUGCAUCAUAGAAACCUCGUGAAUUUGGUCGGCUAUUGUGCAGAAAAAAGCCAGCAUAUGCUUAUAUAUGUGUACAUGAGUAAAGGCAGUCUAGCUUCUCAUUUGUACAGUGAUGACCAUGAACCAUUGAGCUGGGACUUGAGGGUCAAUAUAGCUCUAGAUGUGGCAAGGGGCUUGGAAUAUCUUCAUGAUGGGGCAGUUCCUCCAGUAAUACACCGGGAUAUCAAAUCCUCCAAUAUUCUGCUGGAUCAGUCUAUGAGAGCCAGGGUAGCUGAUUUUGGGCUUUCAAGGGAAGAGAUGGUUGACAAACAUGCAUCUAAUGUACGGGGAACUUUUGGAUAUCUUGAUCCUGAAUAUAUAUCAACAAGGGCCUUCACUAAAAAAAGUGAUGUAUAUAGUUUUGGAGUAUUGCUCUUUGAGCUGAUUGCGGGCAGGAACCCCCAGCAGGGCCUCAUGGAAUAUGUUGAGCUUGCGGCAAUGAAUUCUGAUGGUAAAGUUGGAUGGGAGGAAAUUGUAGACUCUCGCCUCGAUGGUAAAUAUGAUAUGCAAGAGCUCAAUGAUGUGGCUGCUCUUGCAUACAAAUGCGUCAACCGUGUCCCCAGAAAACGGCCUUCGAUGAGGGACAUUGUGCAAGUGCUGUCACGGAUACUUAAACUGAGGCGUGGUAGAAGGCAUCACAAGCAUUCCUUAUCUGCUACUGCUGAUGAAGUUUCCAUUGAUGUGGACCAAUCAGAAGGUCAGGUUCCCAGCAUUGAUCAUCAUCGGAGAGAGGAAUCUAUGGAUAGCACAGCUGAUACGGGUGAAGUUUAAAACGAUGGUUUGCCCAUUUAUUCAUUUGUUUUAUUCCUUCAUUUUGGUUUUGCCUUGUGAGUUGUGACAUAUUUUCAAGUUGAGAGAAGGAAAUACAUUUGCUGCAGUGCAGAGACACUUCUGCUUCGCAUGAGUGGGUUAGGCGUUUAAUCCAGAUUCCCUCACUUCCGGUGUAAUCAGAAUGAAUCCCGUUUUAGUUCUAUUUCUUUGUUGAAGAUAUCCCCAUUUUUGUACAUUAAUACUAUAGGAAAUGGAAAUGAAAGAAUUAGUCAUUUUCCUUUUGAAAA